AUGGUCAGAGUUCUUAUGCUUCCAUGGCUAGCUCACGGUCACAUAUCUCCCUUCCUAGAGCUAGCCAAGAAGCUCGCCAAUAAGAACAAUAAUUUUUACAUAUUUAUUUGUUCCACACCUGUAAAUCUCAGCCCCAUCAAACCAAAACUCUCUGAAGAAUACUCUCAUUGCAUUGAAUUUGUGGAACUACAUCUUCCACAUGAUGACUUGCCACCUCACUACCACACCACCAAUGGCCUCCCUCCCCAUCUCAUGGCCACUCUCAAAAAGGCCUUUGACAUGGCCAGCCCCAACUUCUCCAACAUCCUCAAAACCCUAAAGCCGGAUUUGCUCAUUUACGAUUUUCUUCAACCAUGGGCACCCUCUCUUGCUUUGUUGCAAAAUAUUCCAGCCAUAGAGUUCAGCAUCAUGAACGCUGCGCUCUUGAGUUCAGUUUGUGGUCACGAUCUCAACAAUCCUACUGCCAAAUUUCCUUUGCAUCUUCGGGAUUACGAUAUUCGAAAGUUCCACAAUCAGUGUGAGUUUUCAUCAAAUGGCAUCAAGGAUGGAGACCGCAUACAGCAAUGCUGUGCUCGAUCUUGUAAGAUCAUUUUGGUAAAGACAUCUAGAGAGAUUGAAGCAAAAUAUGUUGAUUAUCUCUCUGAUUUAGUGAAGAAGAAGAUUGUUCCGGUUGGUCCUCUUGUUCAAGACCCAAUGGAUCAAACACUUGAUAAGGAAACGUGGAUCAUGAAAUGGCUGAACAAAAGAGAGAGGUCUUCAGUUGUGUAUGUUUCCUUUGGCAGUGAGUACUUUUUGUCCAAGGAGGAAAUAGAAGACAUAGCUCAUGGGUUAGAGCUUAGCAAAGUGAGCUUUAUUUGGGUUAUAAGAUUUCCUAAGGAAGAGAAAGGUACUAGGGUUGAAGAGGUGUUACCAGAAGGGUUUUCAGAGAGGGUGGGAGAGAAGGGAAUGAUAGUGGAGGGCUGGGCCCCACAGUCAAAAAUAUUGGAGCAUUAUAGUGUCGGUGGGUUUGUGAGUCAUUGUGGAUGGAGCUCAGUGUUUGAGAGCAUCAAGUUUGGUGUUCCAAUUAUAGCCUUGCCUAUGCUUUAUGACCAGCCAAUCAACGCUAGACUAGUGGAGGAGGUGGGUGUUGGAGUGGAGGUUAAAAGAACAGCUGAAGGCAGUUUCCAAAGUGAAGAGGUAGCAAAGAUGAUUAGAGAUGUGGUGGUGGAUAAAAUUGGAGAGGGUGUGAGAAAAAAGGCAUUGGAAUUAAGAGACAACAUGAAAAAGAAAGAGGAUGAAGAGAUAAAUGGGGUGGUGGAGGAGUUGAUGCAACUUUGCACCAGAUAG